AUGUUCGAAAACUGUGGAAAUCAGUCUCUAGAAAUAAAACAGGCAGUAAUAAUAGAAGCCCGUAGAAAUGCAACUGAAUAUCCGCCAUCACUCAACUGUUCACUUCCGGUUCACACCGUGACAAACCACAGCAUCCAGAUUAAUAUAGAAAUGUUAGAAAUGGGGGAUGGAGUUAACUGCUCUUGGAAGAGGCCUCAGCUGGACUUCUGCGUCAAUUAUUCUUGUAAUGUGCAUGAAUGUGGUCUAGUGAAGAGAUUUAAAAGUUUACAACAUUUUAAAGGAGAAAACCUGAAAUUGGAACUCCUCCUAGAAGAAUUCAACGAUACAUGUAACUUUCAGCUCGUAGUCACGUCAACUUACCCAAAACCCUGUAAUACUGGAGAUUGGCAGUGCUUUGGUACUAAACUCUGCAUUAAUGGUACAUUAUAUUGUGACGGACAUAAGAACUGCCCUAAGGGGGAUGAUGAAGAUGUCUGGCGGUGUCACCCACGACAACCAAUGGAUCCUUACCUCAUGGGCGGCAUUAUGAUCGGUAUCUUAGUGGUCAUAUUUGCUGGUCAACCAUCGCUUACUCUUCUACAGAAGCUGGCUCAAUAAAACUCUUUUUAUGCUCCAAGAUCAACGAUUAGGGGAAGGAGAUGGUUCUGUU